AUGGUUAACGGACGCAUUCCGUCCGUGUACAGUAAAACCUACGUGACGCCCCGUCGUCCGUAUGAGAAAGCACGUUUGGACCAGGAGUUGAAGAUCAUCGGAGAAUAUGGUCUGAGGAACAAGCGUGAAGUAUGGCGUGUGAAAUACACUUUGGCCAAGAUCCGUAAAGCCGCUCGUGAGCUGUUGACCCUCGAAGAGAAAGAUCAAAAGCGACUUUUCGAAGGUAACGCUUUGUUGCGUAGGUUGGUUCGUAUUGGAGUAUUAGACGAAGGGCGCAUGAAGCUUGAUUACGUUUUGGGUUUAAAAAUUGAAGAUUUCUUGGAACGCAGACUUCAAACUCAGGUGUUCAAAUUGGGAUUAGCCAAAUCGAUUCAUCAUGCACGAGUUUUGAUCCGUCAAAGACACAUUCGUGUGCGCAAGCAAGUAGUAAAUGUGCCAUCAUUCAUUGUUCGUCUGGACUCUCAGAAACACAUUGACUUCUCCCUGAAAUCGCCAUUCGGUGGUGGCCGUCCAGGACGUGUAAAGAGGAAGAACUUGAGAAAGGCCAAGACUGCCAAGGACGAUGGCAAUGCUGCAGAAGAAGAAGAAGAUUAA